GGCCAUUGGUGUCCCUGCUCUUCCUUCACGUCUGUCUCGAGCUCUCCCGCUACCUGUCGAGCUGCACUCGACUCGAACGAACGGCGGGCAAUACUCCGGUUUGCGUCUUCGUGCUGUCACGUCCGUCGGCGACCAAAUUCCUUCUGCGGCUCGGAUCUUGUGCAUUUAACACGCGGACUGUUACCGUGACCGUGGCGGCUGCGUGGAGACCAUGAAGUCGGUUUCUCGUCACGUCCGCGCCAAAUUUCCCAUCGUCGUCGGUGUCCGACGCGAGGACCCACCCGGAUCUGGGAACGCCGAAGUCCUCUCACCCCCGACGCUGUUCGUCGACUCGUGUCUGAGCGCAACGUUGAAGUUCAUGUCGAACACUGCGAUCGCAGAGUGUUUCUUGAUCAUGAGUAUGAAGAGGCCGGUGCUGUCAUCAAGCCAACCCUCGAAGACGCGCAGAUCAUCGUGGGCAUCAAGGAGACACCGCUGUCUGAAGUCAUCACCAGUCCGGCGCGCGACAGCGCUGGCAGGGAAUGUGCCCGCACCCAUUUGAUGUUCUCGCACACCGCCAAAGGCCAGACGUACAAUACCGGGCUGCUGGCCAAUAUCUCGUGGGGUCGAAUGGCAAACGCACUGUUGGGUUCGGGUUCUUUGCUGGCGUCGCUGGCGUCCUUGAAUCGUUGUCUGCGAUGGCCCACUCGCAUCUGGAAAUGGGGGUCGCAUCUCCCUUCCUGUACACUCCGCGUCCUCACACUUUACCAUCGCUUACUCGCUUGCGCACUUCCCUGCGUGAUAUAGGGGGCAGCAUCCGCAAAGAUGGGACCCCGGAACGCCUCGGACCUUUUAUUGUAGGGCUCACAGGAACAGGAAAUGUAGCGCAAGGGUGUCUGUCUAUGUUGAAGGAACUUCCUAUCCAGCGGGUUUCGGUCGAUGCGCUGCCCGAGCUUGUCUCUGGCGAUAAGCACGAUCUUCGCAAGAUAUACCUGGUCCAUGCUACAGCCCAGGACUAUCUCCGUCGACUCGAUGGUGCUCCCUACGACCGGUCUGAUUAUUACGCGAAUCCUGGCCAGUAUCAAUCAAUAUUUGCAUCCAAUGUCGCUCCGUAUCUUACCUUGUUUCUAAAUGGAGUAGGAUGGGGGCCCUCGUUCCCCCGGCUCAUGUCCAACUCGGACCUUGCCAGCGCACUCACGAAAGCCAAGGCGAUAGGUGGCUGCCGCUUCGAGAACAUCGGCGACAUCAGCUGUGACCCGGCCGGAGGACUGGAAUUCAUGCCUCGUUCCAGCACUAUUUCAGAGCCAUUUUACAAAACGCGUCCCUCAGGAUUACCUGAUCACCUUCCGGAUGUCCAAAUUAUGGGCGUCGACAUUUUGCCUGCCACCAUUCCUCUGGAUGCGUCAUUCGAGUUUUCGCGAGCGCUGUUUCCAUAUCUGGAAAGCCUGAUCGAACAGUAUCAGACCGGAAAAGCUGGCAAGCUAGAAUCUCAACUGAAAGGUGCAACCAUCGCGCAACACGGAAAGCUGCCCGAGAAACACUCGUGGCUGCAAGAAAAUCUCGACACUUUUUUGACGAGCAAAGCCAGUCAAGAUUCGCCAGGUGCUCUCCGGCGCAAGAAGGUUUUGCUGCUCGGGAGUGGGAUGGUUGCUGGACCAGCGGUGCAAAAGAUAAAAGAGAGGACGGAUAUCGACCUAUUGAUUGCAAGCAACUCUUCUCAGGAAGCGAGCGCUCUCUCCGACCGUUUCGGAGUCACCAGUCAUAUUCUGGAUCUGCAAGAUGAAACCAAGGUCGCGUCCCUCAUAUCCGAGGCUGACGUUGUCAUUAGUCUUCUGCCUGCUCCUCUGCAUCCGGCGAUUGCGAAGGAGUGCAUCAAGCACAGGAAGCAUCUCGUCACAGCAUCCUACAUCUCCCCUGAGAUGAAGGAGCUCCACGCGAAUGCCGUUGAAGCCGAUGUAUUACUUCUCAACGAAAUCGGCCUCGACCCCGGGAUCGACCACUGCUCGGCCAUCUCUUUGGUCUCAAAAUUGCAGGCCGAGGGAAAGAACGUGACUUCGUUUACAUCCUUUUGUGGUGGGCUUCCGGCCCCGGACGUCCCGAAGGUUCCUCUGCAGUAUAAAUUCAGCUGGAGUCCUCGGGGUGUGUUGACUGCGGCAUUGAAUUCGGCUACGUACAUGCUUCGCAAUCAAGUCACAACAGUUCCCGGCACAGAUCUCUUACGCAGCGUCUUCCCACGAGUUCCGAUAUCAGACGACUUGCUGCUGGAGGGACUUCCAAACCGCAACUCUCUUCCCUAUUCGGACACAUAUCAACUGGGCCAACCCCGGACUGUGCUUCGCGGGACGUUGAGAUAUCCUGGUUUCUCGCGGCUCAUGGAAUUGUUCCGCUUGGCCGGCUUCUUGAGAAUGGAUCAGACAAUCGAGCUUUCUUCAUGGCGGGCAUUCACAUCGCAGUGCAUGGCCCUGCCCAGGACAGAGUCUCUUCCCGAUCGUGUGGAUGAAGCGGACCUCACCGACAUGUUUGCCGCAGCCCAUUGGCUGGGCUUAGCCGAUUCUUCUGCUGGCUAUGGCGAGUGGCCCUCUCCAGAUGUCGCUUUACCUGCCGUCCCUCGAGGAAAACAUACGCCCCUGGAUCUAUUUGCGUUUGCGCUUUCACAUAGUUUGCGAUAUCUUCCCGGGGAGCAGGACAUGGUGGUUCUGCUGCACGAGGUGAUUGCUCAGAAGCCGGGGAUGCCAGAGGAGAUCCACCGGUCGUCCCUCGUUGCUUACGGGAAUUCUCAAGCCUCAGCCAUGGCGCAGACAGUGGGGAUUCCGGUCGCCAUUGCGGCUUUGAACGUGCUGGAUGGGAAGGUGUCCUUGCGCGGUGUCGCAGGCCCCACUGAGCCUGUCAUCUACAACGCAGUAUUGACAGGAAUGGAGCAAGUAGGCCUGGGGAUGAAAGAAGAGCUGUUUGUCGGCCAGACAAUCGAGGACUGUUUGAUCCAGGCCUAGGGACUCUGCUAUAGGGACAUCGUUGUCCGUAAUGUACCACGUUGUUUACCAAAAUACGUUUUCGGCCGAC